UCGUUAAUCCUUGUUAGAAUAUAUUGAGAGUGAAAAAAGCAUUUAUAGAUCCUACCAGAACAAUGUUGUCAUUCCUGAUCAGCGCACUUAUCCUUCUCUUUUUUCCCACAUUUCUAAAUGAUAACGAGGAGUAUUUUGAGUUAGAUCUUGUAGAGGACUACAUGACCCUUAAUGCUCAUGUACAAGAAGAUGAAGACGAAGGUGGUGAGCAGCAUAAUGACCAAGUGGCUGAGGACAUCAAUGUGAAGCAGCAUAAAGUUAAUUGGUUUGAACAAGAAAUUUAUUCAGAAGUCAAAUGGUGCCUGGCUUUAGACAGUGUGGAGUUUCGAGGGGCAAGUGAGUUCCAAAAUCUGACCGUUCUUUCUACAAAACGGUUUGGAAAGGCACUCGUCAUUGAUGGACAUUUGCAAAACACAGAAUUGGACGAAUACAUUUACCAUGAAAACUUGGUCCAUCCCGCUCUGUUAACACAUAAUAACCCCAAAACCGUGUUUAUUAUGGGAGGAGGUGGAGGUUCUGCUGCAAGAGAGGUACUGAAGCACAGACACAUUGAAAAAGUGAUAAUAUGUGACAUUGAUAGGAACAUUGCCGGUUUGAUCCGCGAGCAUAUGACGGCAAAUCAUGCGGCCUUUAAAGAUGAGAGGCUUCAAAUUGUAUACAAUGAUGCAAAGUAUGAACUAGAGAUGUCUGAAGAGAAGUUUGAUGUGAUCCUAGGAGAUCUUCCUGAACUAGAUGAAUCAAAUUCAUCAGGUUCUAGCCAUCUCUACACAAAAUCCUUUUAUGAGAAUGUUGUCAUACCUAAGCUCAAGGGCAAUGGUCUCCUUGUUACUCAAGCUGGUCCCGCGGGAAUUUUUACACACAAGGCUAUGUUCUCACCAUUAUACAACACAUUAAAACAAGUUUUCUCUUAUGUGGUUGCAUAUACAGCGGUGAUGCCAUCCUAUGGCGACUCGAAUGGAUGGAUUAUGGCUUCGAACGAACCAAUCAAUCUUGACGGUGAGCAACUCAACAACAGGAUUGGUGAAAGAAUCAAGGACGAGUUAAGAUAUCUCGAUGGGCCUGUCAUUAUAGCGUCCACAGUUCUAAACAAGACUUUGAAAAACUCGCUAAUGGAAGAGACUCGGAUCUUAACGGAUGAAAAUGUGAACGUGGGAUUUGUUCGCAAACGUGGAGUUUGCAACUAAUCUUAGUCUCUUAAAUGUAAAGUCUAAUAACAUGAUUAAGGAACUCAUGUAAUAAAUGAUCAACAGCUGUAGAACCUUAUGUCCUUAAAUUUAUCAUGAAAAUCUCUCUCCCGCUCCCCCAUGCAUCAUUGCAAGUCACAAAAUCUCUGUCUCCUAUAUGCAGAUAUCAUUCAA